CAUGCCUGCGCCGACUUACAUCAUUUCUCGGGUCGCCGACCCUAUCUUUGCCGUCGUGAUUGGAUUAUCGGCAGCGGCAACUAGGAUCAAUCGUGAAGAGAAGGGCAAGGGCAAGACAACCAAUGAGACGAUAGAAGCUGGUCUACGACGCGUUGGGCUCUCCAAGAAGUAGAUUUCAUCGCCGUGUUAAGGCGUUCAGUUCAAGAAACGCCACCAUUCCAUGCUCUCUAUAUACACAAAACGCCAAAGUUGAGGCCAAUGUUGACUAUGGCUGGCCAAAUUUCAUAAUCCAUCUAGUUUUCUCAUGGGAAAUAAACACACAAGAAUGAUCUCAUGUACCCAGCUGGCUCUUUAAGCAAACAAACAAACAUAAAGGAAACACAUUUUACAUCUCAAACGCAGGACCAUACUCCUUCUUCAUCGCUUCUCGAACCAUCUGGCCGCAAAGUUUUGCUGUUGGGUUGACACUGACGGCCAAGGCCUUUGCAAUCUGAUUUCCAUAUCUGCCUCCAAGCGCUAGAUCUCUUGAAGCGGCUUCUUCAAAAUCUAUGCGGGACCAAGUGGCUUCCUCGCGGCUGUCGUCAAGGUCCAACUGGCGAUCUGACAUGAGCUUGGCUGUUCUUAGGUAGAUUGCAGCUCGUUGCGUGUGCGCCAUGGACAGCGUUCG